GAAUUAUCGACCGCAUAUCGAGUCUUGCCAACUAUACUAUUAUAUCACUUCCGUUAUUAGAAAGUCGACUUUUCAAAAAUAUAGGGUGCAUCGUUCCACACUCGUUGAAUCAUCCUCAAUUGAAAUUCGAACUAAAAAGAGGAGUCAUGUUGCUGUAAAUUAGGGAAUAUUGCCACAUCCCCCGACCCUUGAACUCGCUGGAAUACCGCCCCUUUGGACGCUUAUCUCGACUUUCAUCUCUUUAUCAGGAGUUGCUACUAGGUGUAUACGUCACCAGUGUGGGCACGGUCUAGGGUAAUUUUGCUGUACCCUGUUCUUCGGCACACAUAGCAACUGUGUGAACUGGGCCAUGACGACUUCUGGUUCUUCCCCGUUCAGUGGGACGAACCAGUUCGCUUCUGAUUCGGGCAUGCUACCUCCCUCUUUUGCCACUAGCAAUGAAUUCGAGUUCUACGAAGAUGCUCAUACAUCGGGUACGAAUCUAUUCGAUUUUGCAACCAGCGAGUUUCUAGACACGGGCCUCUAUGAAGAUUCGAAGGUGUUUUCAGCCGGCCUUGGCCAGUCGGACCCGGCCAACCCUAAUAGAGCCGUACCUCUCCCUUCGCACCGGGGUUCUGCAUCUUCCUCUUCCUCCCGGGUAAGCGGCAAUUCGAACUCCGCCAAAACAAGCCAGAGUUCAACGGAGGCCAUGAUGACGGAUGAACCCUUCUCGGGCUGGAAUCUCGAACAUGAAUCCAGGCAUAUCGACACCAGCUAUAUGCUCGACACUAUAGACCCUACAGCUAUGGAUAUGGCCCGUGUUUUCGACUUUGACAGCGCUUCUAGCAGUCCUAGCUCGGCAGCGAAUGGCCUCAUGCAAGAAUCUCCUGUAGUAGCACAUUCCAUCUCGAACGCACCCGCUGCGAAGCGAAUCAAGGGCCAUCAUAAGUCACAAUCGCAACAUUCUAUAACGAAGUCUAUGAACGGGCUAAAAACGAGUGGCUCUAGAGAAAGCUCACCCAUGGCUAAUUUGAUGCUCAGCCAGGAAACCUCUCCCGCAACAAUGCUUAACAACUCACCCUCCCCUGAUAAUAUCCUAGGUCAUUUUAGUGCUAUGUCGAACCAGCAGAAGCUUUUAAAGUCAUGGUCGCCCGCAAAGAAUACACAGGCGAGCGGGAUAGUUUCCCAGUCACAUUUUCGACGAGAUGCGGCAAAUGCACCGAUUCCUCUAUCGUCUCACCCAGCGUUGGCAAAUUUACCUCGACCAAGGCUGGUGAUUCAUCCUACGCCUCUCAAGUCUCGGGUCGAGACCCAAAUCCCGAUCAAGCUUACUAUCCACGCGCUCCCGCCCGGUAUCAAGAGAUUGCACUUACCAACUCAUACAAUUUCGAAACCUAAGCUAUUGGCAAAGCCCGCUGCGACGCGGUCUGCCGACAUGCUCGAGCUCUAUACUAUGUUAGUCUGUACUAGUGCUAUGCAAGACCCAGCAAAACUCCGCCGCGCUUUCAGCAGGGCCGCCGUAGCCGGACAUGACUCUACAAGUCUGAAAAGAUUGGAAGAUGGAGGCGAAGAUGACGAAAAUAAGCCUCAGAACGGUGGUGAAGUAAGAAUAUGUGCUGGCUGCAUAACUCGAGAACGGAAACGAGCUAGUCGUAAAAAGCACAAAAAGCCAGAGGAAGAUGAGUUAUGGAAUCGAUACGAGCAUCAGCGGGUCAUCGUUUUUAACACGCAAGAAAUCAAAGAUUGGCAACCAGUCACCCCGAAUAUGGUCGACCCAACGGGAGCUGGGCUAGCUGACCUCUCAGUUCCCGAUGGUACAGUCCAAGUAGAUGCGCCGAUGCGUAUCGCAUGUUAUUGCCGUCAUCAUGGGGAGAAAAUGGGCUUCCAGGUUAUUUUCACAAUCAAAGAUUACAAGGACAAUGUCGUUGCCCAACAGAUUUCAUCCUCGAUUAUGAUAACCGAUGAUCACAAGACACACCUUCCAGCAGCAUCGACCACGCAGAACUCUGUUCUAGACCAACCAUCACUUCCAGUAGCAAUGGACAUCAACCAUAUGGAACCCUCGACACAGCCAUUUCGCACGUCGCCACAAAUUCCAGAUGCCCAGGGAUUGCCACAGGCUACCUCGUUUUCUCUCCAGGGCCACAAUUCCCCGUCUAUGCCUGUUACUACCUCUCGUGUCAUGUCUAGACAGGAAUCACCAACUAGUCCCUCUGGCCCUACAGCUAGGAAGAGGAAAGCAAGCGGAUCAUUAAAGUUCCCCACUGGCUUAGCGAUGACCAGACUCGAGACAGGACAAUCGCCAUCGGCAAUACCUCUGGGAGCUCAGAAUGAAUCAAACAUUACUUCUGCAGCCACAUCACCGUUUUCACCAAACAUGGGGGCCUUCCCAAUGUCCACAGAUUCUAUAUUCAACGGACAGCAGGCGAACCUGAAUAAUAUAGGACAACAAUAUCAAACUCCAAUAGGGCCACCUACACCCAAUAGUAAUGCCGCUGAGACUAGCUUCCCACAAGGAAGCAGAAACAUGAGCGUCGAUAAUGUACCGGUAUCUCAACUAUUUUCCGCACCGUCCUCGGCUCAUCCUAGUCGUGCACCUAGCCCAAGUCGACUAAGAAAUGAUUUACAAAACAUGUCUCAUGGCUCGCUUAGCCAGAAUAUAUACAAUGCGCCCACGAUGGUGAACGCAAGUAGGGCGCAACCGAUGAUAUACAAGAUUAUCCCUGGCGAAGGCCCAAAAUCGGGAGGUGUCGAGGUUACUAUCCUUGGUAGCGGCUUCACAAAUGGCGGCCUCGAGGUCAUGUUUGGUGAACAAAGAGCAGCUACUACCACUUACUGGGGAGAGACGUCUUUAGUUUGUCUUCUGCCGCCGUCUUCUAGCGCCGGAAUCGUCCCGGUUUCGAUCCGGCAACCGGGCGUUGCUCCUCAACUUUCAUUCAACGGUAAUCAGCAGCCGCUAUUUAGGUACGUCGACGAUGAUGAACAUCGUCUAAUCCGUACAGCUCUCACCGUACUGGGCAAUAAACUGGGCAAUAAGAUGGCAGAUGUUGCGGAUAUCGCUAGAAAUAUCAUAUACGGGCCCGCAGGUGGCGGUGCCUGGGGUCCUUCCCCAGGGGCUGGUGGCCAAACUCCCAAUACAAACUUCAACAACUUGGAACAGGAUCUCUCGGAAUCCGUAGAGAAGGGUCUUCUUCGUAUUCUGGAGUUGAUUGACCUGGACGAUAGCGCUAAUAAGGCGAAGAUCAACCUGAGAAGGGCAAGCGGACAAACUAUGCUCCACUUAGCCUGUUCUAUCGGACUUGUACGCUUUGUCGCUGGCUUAUUGUCGCGUGGCGCCAAUGUAGGCGUGCGUGAUAAGGGUGGCUUCACGCCCUUGCACAUGGCGGCGAUGAAUGGACACCAGGAGAUUGUUCGGCGUCUUAUCAUGAGAGGGGCUGAUCCAAAUAUGCGGAGUCUUUCUGGUCUUACGCCAGCUGACGUUGCUCGAUCUAAUGAUGUGCUUAGGGUUCUCCGGCAGAUUGAGAACCAUUCUCGAUCACGAAGCAAUGGCUCGUUCCACAGCAGGGCUAAUAGUGCCAGCUCUCUAAGGUCAUUAUGGGAUCCGUCUUCAAUGAUUUCGGCACAUCGUGAGGAAUUCAUGUUAGAAAGUCAAAGCUCUUCGGAAGACAGUAGCGACGACGACUACGAUGACAACGACGAUGAUGACGAGGACGACUACGAUGAUUCGUCUGUGCAAAACAACGAGAAUGACGAGACCGCCGACUGGUCGAACGUAAGGCGGCUAAGCUUCCCACAUUAUGCCCCGCCACAUGAACCUACCAGGAGUGAUGCCCCUCCCGCAACAACAACCGCAGCAAUGACGGCCCUUCGAGACCAAUUCACCGCACAAUUGCAGCAAUUACAGAAUUCCAUGACAAUGCAUUUCCAAAAUCUACCGCACGUGCAAAUGCCACAGAUGCCAGCCCUCUCGCCUAUAAGUGUACUCCCAGAUUACCAUGCUUAUCUAUACGCGGUUCCCGUCAUGCAACGUAUCAGCUCUCUCGUCCCUAACAUCCGGGGCCAGCGCUCCGAAUCUGGGGACGAUGAACCACAGCGAGAUGCUGAUAGUAAGUGGUGGGAUCUCUCCAGAUUUGGCGCCAAGGAGAGCCCUCCGCCAGCAUACGACAGCAUCUUCCCGGAAAGCGAUGUUGAUGUCAAGCAAGCCACUGCUGCCACCGCUGCUGCUGAGGCUAUAGCUGACGAGAAAUGCGCCGCUCUUUACGACCAAGCGACGUCAACAUCAUCGCAAGCAAAAGAAGCACCAGAAACGCAAGAAGUUCCUGCCCUUCUCGAGAUCGGGCAUAAACACAGUAUCACCAAGGAACAGCAGGAGCAUCUACAACGAGCGCACGCCCAAAGGCUCAAGACGGGAAGCAGUGACAAGAUGCUCUGGUUUGUCUGGAUUCCGAUUCUGGUCUUCAUCCUUGGAGCUAUGCUGGUCAGCGUCGCUCCCUCGCUGAUGUCCUGCGGGACGUCGCUUAUCAACACCUCUGCUGCCUUUGUUGCUAACCCACGCGAGUUUGCGCAAAGGCUUACUCUUAACAUCGUUGGCGCCCCUUGAUUUUCGUUUCUUUUUUUUAGGGGGGCUACUACAUCUUUUACUUCACUCUUCUCUUCUUUACCUUGUGUAAAUACCCUUUACAGCCUUGCAACUUAGAGUUGGAUGCCUUCAUUGUGCCCCAGUCGAGCAUGACAGCGGAACGGGAGAGAUAAACGUGGUGGCUCCAUAUUUUUUAUUUUCAUUUU